AUGGACGUCCCAGGCCAAGCCUCAGAUGUGCAGCUCCUCAUUAACGAGGCAAAAACACUUGUAUCCCAGCUUUAUGACUCUGCAAACACUGGCAACCCCUCCAAGAUCAAGGCCAUCCAGGAGCAUCUGCAAAUCCUUCAAAAGGGUCCCCAUGCAUGGAUAAUUGCCAGUUAUCUCCUCAAUGAUGAUGCAAGUACUGAUUUAAGAUUUUUUGGUGCCUUAACGUUCACUGUUAAAAUUAAUCAAGACUGGCACCAGUUGAAUGAAAACGAAGCCCAGGAACUUCUUGGUCGGCUAAUAGACCAUUAUGUAUUCUUAGUCAACGGAGGAGAACGGCCUUUGGUCAUCCGAAAGCUGGCAUCGAGUCUGGCGACGAUCUUCUUGAAGCCAAAUGCUCCUUGGACGCGUGCUCUCUGGAACUUGGCUGCCUCCCUGGCGAAUGGAAAGUAUCUUUCCGAGGAGCAAAGUCAAUCUUUUGAUCUACAAAAUGCGGUUCUCCCUGCCCUGUCAGAAAUGCAAAUUGCUAGCUUGCUUUAUUUCUCGAACACGCUCGCGGAGGAGAUAAACAGAUCUCACUCGGAGUCACGCCGAAGUGGAGAUAACGACCGUAUAGCUGAAAAUAUCAAGGACGCAUUCUCUCUUAUUGAAUUUGUUCUUCAGCAGAUACUGCAGCAGGAAACUGCUCCUAGUCUUAUCUCCGAUGAGGGACCAGGGACUGAAGCUGUUAACUCGUAUAAUACCUCCAGCCUAUCUAAAGCUGCAGGGCAAGUUUUGAUCGAACUCCUGGAUUGGCGUGAUAGUACAUUCAACCAGCAGCAGUUAGAUUCUAUCUUGGACUAUUUAAUUAGUGACCUUGGUACCGCCCAUAUUUCUUCAUUAAUGGAGGGUGAUUUUGAAGACGAAAAUAUGACAUAUUUGGAGCUACUAUUGGCAUACUCAACACUCAAGCAAAGGGAAUUACUGACUCGGGUGCCCCAUGAUCUGCGGCAUGAAAAGCUCCUAGCAAUACUCCAUACGCUAUUUAAAGCUCCAGGAUAUGCGGCGGUUGAAGAUUCAGCGUCACCAUUAGUCCUUGAAUGGUGGACUGAAGUUGCAGAUGACCUUCAGGAACUAUAUUUGGACGAGGAGAAACAGCUCGGGUCUGAUUUUGCUAAACCGAAUUUGGCUCGUGCAGCUAUGGACUGCUUCGAAAAGCUCAAGUACCCGAGUCCAGAAGAGCUGCAAGGCUGGGGAGAUGACGACCGUGGGGAAUUUGGAUCUUUUCGCCGCGAUGUCUGUGAUUUCCUCCUCGCAAUUUAUCCAAUGUUAGGGGUGGAAUUGGUCCAAGUAUUUCAGGAACGCGCCAGGUCAUCUCUUCCGCACCAAGAUUGGAGAACAUUCGAGGCUGCGAUUUUUUGCAUUGCUCAGCUUUCCGAGGCCGUGGAUGAAAACCAACAUGCGGAUGAAUGUCUGAAUUCGAUUUUCUUCAGCAAUGAGUUUGCCCUUUUAUGUGGGAGUGAAGGAAUGGCCAUCCCGGACAAACCUCGCCAAACAUUAGUGGACAUGUUAGGAAAGUAUCAGUCCUACUUCGAACGAACCCACGCUCUACUUCCCCGAGUGCUGACAUUCCUUUUCGCAUCUCUCGACGUUGCACCAUGCGCUCCGGCGGCAUCCAAGUCUAUCUCUUAUCUUUGCAAGUCCUGUCGUAAUGCUCUUACUUUCGAGCUUCCCGCGUUCAUGAAUCAAUUCGAGCAGUUCCGUUUUAAGCCCACCGCUACAACCCUUACAAUGGAGAAGGUGUUGGAGGGGGUCGCGGCUAUAAUACAGACGCUGCCUUCGGAUGACGAGAAAGCGAAGUUCCUCGAAAGAAUUCUGAAAUUCUUCCAUGAACAAGCGGUGACGGCACGGGAUGAAGCGGCCCGCGGCCUUGUGGAUCCUGCCCGUUGCCGUGGCCAUUUGGCGCUUCGUUGUAUUGCAAGUAUUGGAAAAGGACUUCGGACGGAUAACGAAAUUGCCUUAGACACCAGUGAUGGUGAAAUUACAAAUCCUUAUCCACCUACAUUUUGGAAUACGAGUAACGGUGCUGCGUCUCAGACCCUAAUCAUGCAGUGUAUGCAGCUUCUGAUGACCGACUUCCCACUAGACGUGGCCAUUAUUGAAGCAGCAUGCGACAUCCUGAAGGCGGGUUACACCGAAAGAACAGGCCCAUACGUCUUUCCACCAACAGUGACUGUCAACUUUGUCAAGAGUAUACCAUUCGGAAGUGCUGGCGUCGACAUGGUCAUGGGCACCGCUUCGGCGUUCCUCGCAUCUCAUAGUGCGCGCCCAGAGAACGUCCGCGAAGAGGCCAUUGCAUUGAUUCUACAUGUAUACAAUACCUUCUGCUGGAUGCAUGAGAAGUCGGAGUUUUAUGAUCCCGAGGUCGCUAACAGUGGCAUUGAUUUCCUUACCCGUUUGCUUCCCAAAUAUCACCCCUUCCUCUUUGCGCUUAAGAGCGCGCCUCCGGAGCACAGUCAAACCGAGUCCAGCCAUGGAAAUGGGCAUCUGCAGCGACCACCAGUGCUGCAGGCCAUUCUAAACUUCACCCUUCUUUCUUUACAAGGCCCAGAGCCCCUUCCUCUCCGGUCUGCAUCUCAAUUUUGGGUCAGCACCUUGAAUCUCCCAAUUGAAGCUGACCCCGUUCAAAAUGCUAUCAAAGAAAGCCUCCCCGCCCUUUGUCGUAUCCUAAUUAUACAGGUCACUGGCCGGUGUGCACGGUCCGAUCUCGAGCACCUCUGCGAAGUGCUCAGGAGGGUCAUUUUCAAACAUCAAGGCCUUGCUCGGCCGCAUCUGACUGCGGCAUUGUCUGAGUUGGGGACUGACAAUGCCAAUCAGAGCCAAGGUGCAACCACAUCUCCUCAAGACAGGCAGCGCUUCCUUGCGUCUCUGCUAGCCGCUAGGGGCGCCAAAACACAAACUGUCCAGCUGACACGUUCCUUCUGGGUGAAAAGUCGUGGGGCAGGCUUUGACUACGUUGGAUAG